GUGUAUAUUAACUCAGUAUAAAUCCCACAGUAACAGCAGUCUGCUGGGAGCAGCAAUGGGAAGCUCAGAGGAUAUCAACAGAACAUCGGCAGGGACUGCUGGGAAUGAAAAAGGUUCAAACACAAAGGUCCAGGUUGUUCCACCACCAGCCGGUCAGACUGAUAAUAAGGGCAAGGUCCUUUUUCAGACUGAAGCCAAACGGAGGCUCAGGGAGGAGGAAGGAAAUGAUGGAACCUUAGUGACACGGAGCAGGGAAGUGGAAGAAGAAAAUGAGCAGAAUGUAAAAAGGAUCAUUAAGGAAUUGGCGCUGGAAGCUUUGACACAAACACCAAAAUAUGUGAAUUUUCAGUCUUUCGUUAAAGAAAAAAAGGAGCAAAAACCAAUAAUAAAAACUGUACCAAGAAUGGCUGCAAGAAGACUUUCAGAAAUUUCACAAUCAGAGAAACCUAAUUUUACAGGGAUUAAUGACUACUUAUGGUAUCAGCGCUACUGCACUAAAUGCACCAAGGAUUGCCCUGAAAAAUGUAAAGAACUGGCCAGUCGGUUUCCAUCUAUUUCCUCUCUUCGACCCCAGCCCAGCUUUGAAUCUUCUCUCCAACCCCAGCCCAGCUCUGAAUCUUCUCUCCAACCCCAGCCCAGCUCUGAAUCUUCUCUCCAACCCCAGCCCAGCUCUGAAUCCUCUCUCCAACCCCAGCCUAGUUCUGAAUCCUCUCUCCAACCCCAGCCUAGUUCUGAAUCCUCUCUCCAACCCCAGCCUAGUUCUGAAUCCUCUCUCCAACCCCAGCCUAGUUCUGAAUCCUCUCUCCAACCCAAGCCCAGCUCCGUAUUCUCUCAAUAAAGAAUCCCUGCCUAGAGAGUGGACAAGUCUACAAAUCCCACCGCUUUGUAUAGAUCACCCAGUGUAUGUGCCUGUGUAAUGCUAGAGAUUACUUAUGCUUGCUUAGGAAUCCAUUUUGGAUGUUUUUUUUACUGUCCAAUAAAAAGAUUAUAUUUUCAUUCUCA